UUGUUUGUUUUAAUAUAUAGCGAAUAACUGCGGUUAACAAUAACCCAAUGGUUUGCUGUGUUAGCAUAGACUGUAAAUGUGUGCUAGCUGUUAACGUCAUUCUGUGCGCUGUGCCUUUAAUGCCAACUCUGACGUUUCUGUGUAAUCGGAUACAAUUGGCUGGCUGACUUCCGCAUGUUUUUUUUUUUCUUUUUAGUGUGUAUAGAGAAGCAUGGCAGGAGCACCGUGGAACAGGGUAAACAUUCCUUUCCCUGGCGCUGUUUCCACUGUCCGUAUACAUUUCAGCUCAACAACAGAUGAAAACAUUAAAUCUCUGUUGGUGGAAAACGAGAAAGUUCUUAAGCUACUCUGCUGUGAGAUUCUACAAACGGAGAUACGGCUUCUCUACGAGCUGCUGUACGUCCUAAAUAACAGCUACAGAGGAAUCAAGACUUUCAAGGGCUUAAAACAGGUUGAACAAUGUAUAAACAGGCUGAAGAACAUGAAGCUGAAUGUGGCUCUUGAGGAGCUGACUGAUCUUUGUCCCAACAGGAUUCAAAGAGGACUGGGCAUCAAAACUGGUGAGUGUGAUGUUCCCAGUCAACCCAUGCUGGAAUGGCUCUGUCUCAAAGUGCUGGGAGCCACCGAGCUGAUGAGCUGUACAUUGAAUCGCUGCAGCAGGGCUUUCGCACUCGCAAAGCAGCAGAUGAAAUGGGAAGAGUUUGUUAUCUUGAAUGUUGUGAUAACCAGCAUGCUCAGUCGACUAUGGGUGAUUUUCCGCGGUAUCCUGGUCAGCCUGUCCACUCUGUAUCAGCAGCUCCUGGAGUUCCUCAGAGAAGUCUCCAUUGCUCAGCCCAUGCCCUACCUCAGAGACUUCUCCCUGCCACCAGACAUGGCUCAGUUCCUGGGCCCCACUGAUGCAUUGAAACUGCUCAAACAACCAAAGCAUGGCUCCCAUGGCACAGACCACAAGAAAAAACAGCAGAAGAAAAAUAAACCUUCUCUUAAAGUCAGGCAGGUUAAAGAAGACCUGGGUGUUGCUGUUGAAAGAGGUAUAGCUCAUGGCACUGACAUGAAGUCUUUUCUUAAGGUUUUUGGGAACUUUACAGAGGGCAAAUCCUUCCCACAGGGAACUCACAGGGCUGAAGAGAAGCAAAAAUUCAAGAAACAAAUAAGAGAAGCUACUACUUUCGCAGACAUGGCAAUCCAUCUUGAAGAAAUGAUCCUGUGGUGCAAAUCCCAGAGGAUGGAAAAGGAAAAACGCCUUCUAAUCUUCCUGCGUUUGAAGUGCCACAAGAUGAAAUGCUUAGAGGCUGCAGGUUACAAUGUCCAAAGGAAGCUGCAGAGCUUCAGACGGGAAGCUUACUGGGCUUCAUCUCCUCAAGGGUCAGCGCCAAGAACCUGCCAUUCCCCUGCUGCAACAAGGAGACACGCUCGCCUGAAAACGCGUUUUCAGUCACUCAGGAGUCAGUUUAAGUCUUCAACAACCAAAACUGGCAUGAAAAAGAAAUGCCAGAAGAGAGGAAGGAGGAAAAGUGAGUUAUCUGUGUCUGGACUGUCAGACGAUGGUCAAAGAAGCAGGACUAUGUACGGGGCAACACCUCAGACCAUCGACUGUGACAGCCACGAUGACAUAGAUGAUAUUUUUCGCUGCAGUAGGUUUCUGACACUUUGGAAUCUGCACAUCCAAGGGAACAAAUGAAAAGUGUGCAGCUCAGCUCAGUAUACAAUGUGACACAUUCCUCUGUUUUGAAAUGGAGCUGGUUGUGUUAGGAGAACUGAUCAUUGCUUUAAACAUGAAAGUUGGGUGAAGUUCUGACAACACACGGCAUCACAACAGGGAUCUAUAUUGACUUAAAGACCUCAGUCACUAGAGGUAAGCAAAAUAGAUUUUUGCUGGUGUUAUUUUCAACGCAGGAAGUCAAGUGAAAGGUGAUGAGAUUUAACAGUUCAGACUGUCUUGAUAACAGAAUAGGGAAUUUUGAACCAUCUGUGUGAUCAAACUUUUUAGCCAUAUUGUAAAUCUUGUGUGAAAUCUGUGAAUUGGAUAUUACCAGGGAUCAAUUCAACACUUGUUAGGAUAUUUAGUUUUGAAUAACAGGGUAUUUAAGCAUUCAAAGUUUGAUGUUGAUGAUAGGCAUUUUGGCUCAGGACAAAAACAUCCCAUUUGCAAGAAGUUGAAUUUCUGAUUAAUAUAAUGUGCAGAUUGUCAAGUACAAAAAAGUUAUAUUUGACAUUUUAAUAAAACUCUGCAUCUUUCCAGACAUGCAAGUCCCUGUUCACUAUAAUAUAUUGGUCUGCAUUUGCAUUGUAUUAACACUUAUCUGAAUAGUAAUUUCCACUAUUUAAGAAUACCUUAUUGAUUAAGUUUGAAAUUUAAGAUGAAAUUUGUACUGUUCCUUUUAACCAAAGCUUCAUGUUCUAAGUGCUUAAAAUUAAAUGUUAUUUUUUCCCCUCCCA